GAGUGGCAUUUUAAAUCAAUUCAACCACCUAAUUGGACGUUAUACAUCAACUGCCAUUAUCAAAUAUUUUUAUGAACAUAUUCCUCACUUCAUCAAUUUGAGCUCUCUUCAUAUAAUUUUUUUUUUAUUAAUUAUUUAUACGGGAUGUUUGACUAUUGGGCGAAAUGUUGGAGACACUGGGGGAGAGAGGGAGUGUGUGAUUAAAUCUUCGAAUUAACAAGAAACGCCCUUCCACCUUCCCUGCCAUUAAUGCUCAUCCUCUGCCAUUUUUCUUUUGGCUUUUCUCUUUCGCAAGAAUUCCUCUCUUUUUAAUUCUCGCUACUCACACCAUUUGUGCUUCUAUUUAUUUCCUAUUUUUUGUUUGCGCAUUGAAGCGUACGUCACCUGUUUCCGUGAGAUCUUAAAAUAGCUUCCUGCUCGCCGGUGCGCCCCUAACAAAUCAAAACCUGGGCUCAAAGAUCUGAGAAAAUUUCGUAGAUCUCUUCAAUUUCAGCCCAUUUCUUUACUUGUGUGUUUUUUUAUUUGAUAUGAGCUGGAGAUAUAAGGCUGGUUUGUUCUUGAUAGCUGCUGUUGUUAUUAUAUGGGUCACCUCUGCGGAAGUCACCCAGGGUAUCUUUACAGAUUACAAGCAGCCAUUUGCAGUGACAUAUCUUGGAGCUUCCUUGAUGGUAGUUUACCUUCCGGUAGCAUUUCUUAAAGACUGGAUAUGUAAGAUACUAAAGCAUCGCUCUUCUAAAAGUGGUAAAGAUGCAGGAAGCAUAAAUGAGUCUUCUGAUGGAUUUAACUCUCCUCUAAGCGAGAAAAUUUUUGAAAUUGAACUUCAGGGAACUUUAACUAGAAAAUACAGCGAAGCAGACCUUUCACCACAUGCAGAGGGUAGGCCUAUGAUUCUUAGGCGCAAAGAUGAUUUUAAUGUGUUGAAACAUGACAAAGAGCUUACAAGUAGAGAAAUUGCCACCUAUGGUUUUUAUAUUGCCCCAAUCUGGUUUGUAACAGAGUAUUUAUCAAAUGCUGCACUUGCACGUACAAGUGUUGCAAGUACAACAGUUUUGUCAUCAACAUCAGGACUUUUUACUCUUUUCAUUGGUGUAUUUUUGGGCCAAGAUACUUUAAAUGCAGCAAAAGUAGUAGCUGUCCUUGUAAGCAUGGCUGGUGUUGCCAUGACUACUUUGGGAAAAACUUGGGCUACGGAUGAGUCUCAACUAAGUGCUUCAAUCAAUGGGAAGCGCUCUCUUGUUGGGGAUCUUUUUGGCCUUCUUUCAGCUGUGUCAUAUGGGCUAUUUACAGUGCUCCUUAAAAAGUUUGCUGGUGAAGAAGGAGAAAGGUUAGAUGUGCAGAAGUUGUUUGGAUACAUAGGACUGUUCACACUUGUAGCUCUAUGGUGGCUUGUUCUGAGAAGUUUUAAAAGUGAAAAUUUACGUAUGAGGCUGCCUUGGCUGAGAACUGUAUCAUCAUUUUCUGAUUCUCUCUCAGUUUGGCCAUUGAGUGCCUUGGGAAUAGAACCCAAGUUUACAAUUCCUCACUCUGCUAAAAUGGAUGAAGUUGUUCUCGCAAAUGGCUUUAUUGGAAGUGUCCUCUCAGACUACUUUUGGGCACUAUGCGUUGUAUGGACAACUCCAUUGGUGGCCACCUUGGGUAUGUCACUCACAAUCCCUCUUGCGAUGGUGGCUGAUAUGGUGAUUCAUGGUCGUCAUUAUUCAGCAAUUUACAUUCUUGGCUCUACUCAGGUGUUUGCAGGAUUUGUAAUAGCUAAUCUUUCAGAUUGUUUCUCAAGAAAAUUGGGAUUAUAGCAUUUAGUGAAAUUCCUGGGCUUAAAUUCAAUUCUUUAUGGGGGCCUUUUUCAUGAUCUUGAUUUGAUGUUACUUCAUCAAAAUGGGUUGUUGUCUCCGGGAGAAAUGAUGAUGAACUGUAAUUGAAUGUGUAAUUCUGGUAUGAUUAGGUCAGUUUGUGUGUGUGGAUCCAUAAUUGUAAUAAAUAGUUUUGGUUAAAGGAAAAAAAUAUAUUCUCUA